CACCCAAAAAGCAAUUCAAUCAACGUAUCCCUCAAAUUCAGAGCAGUGUUACUUCGUCACCACUACACAUCAAAGCCCACGGAUCCUGCUAAAUCCAUAGCUCGCCUCACUAUACUCGUCUCCCACCGCCACCGCCACCGCCACCGCCACCCUCGCACCGCCGUCCCGUCACAAACCCAAUGUCACUCAUAACAGCAACUUCGUAGAUCAAGUGAAUAGAUCUUCCAUCCCCGACAACACCAUGAAAGCGCCGGCGGGUUUGGAUCUCUUCAAGACCCCUCUCGUUCUCAAGAUCGCUGGCUUCAUUUUAGUUACCCUCACUUUUUUCUACUUGGGCAAGCACUGGAGCUCCUCCAAUGGCGACCAGCAGGUUGUCUUCUUCUCUUCUUCACCAGGAACCUCUGUCGGAGUCUCCCCCAACUACGGCAAGUCGUUUAAUGUCACUGCUUUGAUCACCCAGACCGAUACCGUACCCGAGCAGGUCCCCGUGCCUCCGGCUUCCACGUCACCGGCGAGUGAUUCAGCGGCUGCGGAGCAGCCUCCUCCUCCUCCGCUGGUGGAAUUGGAUCGGACGUUUGGGGUUAUUGAUGGGGAUGGGAAGAUGAGCGAUGAUUUUGAAGUCGGGCAGGUGGAUCCGGAGGUUGUGGAGAAUUGGGGGAAUGAAACUGAGGUCGAGAGUGAAGGUGGUGAGGGUUCUAGGGUUAAGGUUAAGAGAUUUGAGCUGUGUUCUGAGAGUAUGAGAGAGUAUAUUCCGUGUUUGGACAAUGUAGAGGCAAUCAAGAAGUUGAAAUCUACGGAGAAAGGGGAGAGAUUUGAGCGGCAUUGUCCUGAGAAAGGGAAAGAGCUGAACUGCUUGGUUCCGCCGCCCAAAGGGUACCGCCAACCACUUCCAUGGCCCCGGAGUCGUGAUGAGGUGUGGUUUUCCAAUGUACCCCACACACGUUUGGUCGAUGAUAAAGGAGGUCAGAACUGGAUUACCAAAGCCAAGGACAAGUUCAGGUUCCCUGGUGGUGGAACACAGUUCAUUCAUGGCGCAGAUCAAUACUUGGAUCAAAUUUCAAAGAUGGUCCCAGACAUUGCUUUUGGUAAUCACACACGAGUUGUUUUGGAUGUCGGAUGCGGUGUAGCAAGUUUUGGUGCAUAUCUAAUGUCACGGGAUGUCGCACCUUUGUCGAUAGCUCCCAAAGAUGUGCACGAGAACCAGAUUCAAUUUGCUCUUGAGCGUGGUGUCCCUGCUAUGGUAGCUGCUUUUGCAACCCAUCGUCUCCUGUAUCCGAGUCAGGCCUUUGAAAUCAUCCAUUGUUCAAGAUGUAGAAUCAAUUGGACUCGUGAUGAUGGAAUCUUGCUUCUUGAGGUCAACAGGAUGAUGCGAGCUGGAGGAUACUUUGCUUGGGCAGCGCAGCCUGUUUACAAGCAUGAGCAAGUGCUAGAGGAACAAUGGGAAGAGAUGCUUAACCUUACAACUCGGCUUUGCUGGGAGCUUGUAAAGAAAGAGGGAUAUAUUGCAAUAUGGCAGAAACCCAAGAAUAAUAGCUGCUAUUUAAGUCGAGAUGAGGGAGUUAGUCCUCCAUUGUGUGAUCAAGAUGAUGAUCCUGAUAAAGUUUGGUAUGUUGAUUUGAAGCCAUGCAUUACUCGCAUUCCUGAGAAUGGAUACGGAGGGAAUGUGACUGCAUGGCCUGCUCGUUUACAUACACCUCCUGAUAGGCUUCAGAGCAUACAAAUGGAUGCUUACAUUUCCAGAAAAGAGCUUUUUAAGGCCGAGUCGAAAUAUUGGUCUGAAAUUAUAGCUGGCUAUGUCCGUGCUUGGCAUUGGAAACAGCUUAAGCUCAGAAAUGUCUUGGACAUGAAGUCCGGUUUUGGAGGAUUUGCUGCAGCACUAAUUGAUCAUGGAUUCAAUAGCUGGGUUAUGAAUGUGGUCCCGGUUAGUGGGCCGAACACUCUGCCUGUCAUAUACGAUCGUGGACUGCUAGGUGUCAUGCACGAUUGGUGUGAGCCGUUUGACACCUACCCGAGAACUUAUGAUUUAUUGCAUGCUUCGGGGCUUUUCUCUGUUGAGAGGAAAAGAUGUAACUUGUCCACGAUCAUGCUCGAGAUGGAUCGCAUACUUAGACCUGGUGGUCGAGCAUAUAUCCGAGACACCCUUGAUGUCAUGGAAGAACUGCAAGAGAUUGCCAAUGCCAUGGGUUGGCAUUCAGCUUUACACGACACUUCUGAGGGACCGCAUGCAAGUUAUAGGAUCCUGGUCUGUGAUAAACGCCUUUUGCGCUCUUAAAACAAAAUAAACAUAGGAUCUAUCCUGGUAAACUGUUGAGAUAAAGCAGAUACUGAAAGUCGAUGGAACUUCCUCUUGCUACCACACAUGAGCUAGUGGAUGAUAUGACAAUGGGUUGCUAGUAGUCGAGAUGGUUUUGACGUUACUGGUUUCCUGCGACGGCUGCUGAUACUGAUCUGGUUAAAACAUCUCAACAGCUGAGACGUCCUGCUAAUACAGUAUAAACAGGGACAGCCGUGUAACAUUGUAAACUCUAACGCUACACGUCAAGUUCGUGGCGAAGUGUAGGACAACAUUUGAUUGAUUAGUUUGCCAAAUUGUGGGCAAAUUAAACUAAUAUUCUUGUAUAUUUGCAGUUAAUUACCCGUUGGAAGUUGGAACUUGGAGCGAUUCAUUCUUUUAUUCACACUCCUGUUGUAUUUGUUUUGUUCCCAACCUGUUUCUCCCUGUUUUACCAACCAUAUGUAAACCUUACCUAUCAAGCAUAUUAUGGGAUGUUAAGUGUUGCUUCCAUUUUUGCUAUAAAAUCUCG